AUGGAUUUCCAAAAUCGUGCUGGUGGUCGUACGGGCGGUGGUGGCAUGGCCUCGGCGGCCGAUGCCGGUGUGGAACGACGUGAAAGACUUCGGCAACUUGCCCUCGAGACGAUCGAUCUGCAGAAGGACCCCUACUUUAUGCGCAAUCAUGUCGGAACAUACGAGUGCAAGCUGUGUCUCACGUUACACAACAAUGAAGGUUCUUAUCUGGCGCACACGCAGGGCAAGAAGCAUCAAGCUAAUUUGGCUCGACGUGCGGCUAAAGAUGCGGCGGACCAACCGUUCCUCCCUGCCCUUCAACAACCGAAGGUCGACAUCAAGCGUUUCGUAAAGAUUGGUCGGCCCGGUUACAAGGUUACUCGUGAGCGUGACCCCCACACUGGCCAGCUAGCCUUGCUCUUCCAAAUCGACUACCCCGAGGCUGGAGACGGAGUUGUUCCACGGCACAGGUUCAUGUCAGCAUACGAACAGAAGAUUCACCCUCCAGAAAAAAAGUACCAAUACCUGCUUUUCGCCGCCGAGCCUUACGAGACCAUUUCUUUCAAGAUCCCUUCCAAGGAGGUUGACAAGGCCGAGAACAAGUUCUGGACGCUGUGGAACAAGGAGACGAAGCAGUUCUUCGUGCAGGUGGCCUUCCGAAUGGAAACCCGCGGAAUGGACGACGGCAUGCCGCCCAUCCCACCAAUGCCCCCGAUGGGCCUCAUGACCGCACUUAGCCUGGCGGAUACACUACAAUAUGACGACUACUCAAAAGCUGUCGAAGAGGGACUGACCGGUCUCGAGUUCUUCCGACUGAUCCAUGCCAUUAGGAGUGAAAUCAAGGUACUCUACGACCUCACUGAAGCUCCAUCCGCCAUCGAUUCGCUCGAUGAGACGCGCCCUUUCCUCUACGAGCUGAGCGCUCUUCUUGUUGAGCUUGAUUGUGGCCAGAUGCAGCUCCUUUCCGGACCACUGGAAGACCGAUUUUCAUCAAUUGCCAAUCGGCAGGCCCUCGUCGACUUUUUGCUUAGUGAACUAAAAACUGCCAGGUUGUUGGAGAUCGAGCGGGGCAAGGAGCCAGUAAAGGUAGUCGACACAGAUGUCGCGUUGGCAUUGGAUUCAGCGCUCGCAGUACUUGGUGCUCAGCGUCAUCAAUAUCCGGCAAAGGAGGCUAUCGACAAUGUGAUGCGCCUGGGCGAUAGUGUGCUUCAGAAUAUGAGCUCAAGACCAACGCCCCUACUGCACGAGAAAAUUGACCCGAUAUUGUGGGGUCCUAUUGAACAGCUGUGUCACCGCUUCGCCGCCGACCUACGUGCACGAAACCUGCUCCUGUUAAAACGCAUUGACGUGACGGUCAACUCAUUCCUUUGGCUUCCGGUUCAAAUGUCCGUCAACGUACAAAAUUCGGUGUACGACCCUCUGUUGAAAUGGGCGCUCCGAAAGAUCGCGGUGGCCGAAUCGAAGACUUUGCAGCUCCACCACGUGAGACUUUCCGUGGCCAACGUGGAGGUUAUGGUAACCGGGGAGGCCGUGGUGGCGGGGAUCGUGGCUUCCAUCGCGGUGGCGGCAGAGGACGCGGCGAUGAUGAUCAUCAGCAGAGGGGUGGCGGUGGACACGCCGGACGUGGUGGUGGCCGUGGCGGGCGCGGUGGCUAUGGAUCGCAGGAGGAUCAGGCCAGGAAUGAGUACCAGCAACGACAUGAAGAAGGCCAGGGGCCACAAUACCAUAGAGGUGGACAUCAGCGAGGCGGCUGGACUCCCCGUGGACGUGGCCGUGGUGGAGAAGUUCGACCUUCCCUUAACCAUGGGUGCCGAUUCGGAUUCGGGUUCCGAUGAUGAGCUUAAAAACUUCAGCAAGAAGGAGCUACAGGAAAUUGAGCGCAAAAGGCGGCGCAACAAGAAGAAAAACACUGCGCGUAAGCGAGCGGAUGAAGUCGCAAAGGAUUCCGGGAUUUCCGGUACCGAUACUGAGGAAGCCGAAGCACGCGCAGCCAUCCGUCGUGAAGCCGAAGUGGCUAAGGAGCCAGAACUUGCUGUUGACAUUGAAUACGUUGGCGAGGCGCCGGUGCUCGACACUUCUGACCCGAACUACAGCUACUUCAACGAAAUCUUCAACACUUUCAAGAUCGGAGGUGAAACAGCGGUGAAGGAGGAGCCCGUCAAGGAUGCUUUUCCCAUCCAAACAAAGCGCGACGAGACGAAGGCUGCCAUUACCGAAAAGAUUUUCCAGGAAGAACUAGCCACCAAAAAGAAGGAGAAGGGCGAGGAGGAGAAGUUGAGCAAGAAGAAGCUGAGGCUGGCGCUGCAGCCUUCGAUCGCCUCUUUGAAAGAAAACACUUUGCGCCCUGACGUUGUCGAAUGGGCCGAUGUGACUUCACGCGACCCGCAUUUGCUUGUAGCUAUGAAGGCCUACAGAAACACUGUCCCGGUGCCUCGCCAUUGGAAUGCUAAGAGAAAG